UCCGUCACGUUGUAGAAUGGGCGAUCUCUCCGCCGCGCGUCGCCACCUCUCCCUCCUCGGCUGCCUCCCCCGCCGCCUCUCCACCACCGCUCCUGCAACUCGCACCGGGAUCUCAGCCGCCGUCGCCAAGUCCCGCCUCCGGAAGGAGUUCGACCCCGAUCGGGCUGUCACCAUCCUAUCUUCCGUUGCCGACUCCACCUCCUCGACCUCCGCCCGCUACGCCCUCGAGCUCACCGUCCGCCGCCUCGCCCGAUCCCGUCGAUUCUCUGACGUUGAGGCCCUCCUCGAGUACCGCAUGUCCGCUGCCGCCGGCCUCACCGAGCACUACGUCGCCACUGUCAUCCUCUCGUAUGGCACCGCCGGCAUGCUCGACCACGCGCUGCGCACCUUCGACGAGGUCCCCGUCCUUAUCUCCGCCCCCCAUUCCCUUGUCUCCUUCAACGCUUUCCUCUCCGCCUGCAUCCGGGCCAAGAAGCCCAACCGCGUUCCAGGCUUAUUCGCUGAGCUCUCUGAGAAGCACGCCAUCACGCCCGAUGUUGUCUCCUACGGCGUCCUCGUCAAUGCUCUUUGCCUGACCGGCAAGACCGACAAAGCCAUCGAGACCUUGAAAGAGAUGGUGACUGUAAAGCAUCUGGAGCCGACCACCGUGAUCUACACCACGCUCCUCGAUUCCCUUUACAAGAAAGGGAAGUCGGAUGAGGCUGAGGCGCUGUGGAAGGAGAUGGUUGGGAAUGGGUGUGCGCCCGAUCUUACAGCUUACAAUGUGAGGGUUAUGCAUCGGGCUGGACAGGGAAAGCCGGAGGAUGUUCUUGAGCUGAUCGGGGAGAUCGAAGCUGCGGGAAUUAAGCCUGAUACGAUCACCUACACUUAUCUUCUCACAUGUCAUUGCAAUGCGGGCCAGUUUGAAGAGGCCAAAGCGGUAUAUAGAGGACUCAGGGAGAAGGGUUGCCGUCCGAACGCAACGAUGUUUAAGAUUUUUCUGUCUCGAUUGUGUGAGAAUGGGGAUGUCGACACGGGGCUGGAGGUGUUCGAGGAUAGCUUGAAGUCGAAUAAGGUUCCAGGUUUUCGCACAAUGAAGCUUCUAGUGGAGGGAUUGGUAAAGGGAACGAAGCUGGAAGAGGCAAAGGCAGUGGUUGAUAAGGUGAAGAAGCGGUUCCCUGAGAAUCUAGUUGGUGGGUGGAACAAGGUGGAGAAGGAGCUUGGUUUGAGUGCAGAUGAGCAAGUAUGGGACCAACUUGAGGUCUUCUGAAGUUGUAUAUAUGUUCUUGCUAUGCAGAUGGCACCAAGGAGAUUGGGUUGAUGAUGGGUUUCAGAUAGAAUUAGCUACUGAAGUUUGGAUCGCUAGAACGAACAAGAAACUGAUGAAAGAGGUGCGGAAUUUUGUUGAUGAACUUACCACCACACAAGGCGAGGCUGUCUCUAACGAGGGCUGAAUUGUCGAUGUUUUUGCAGGUCAACUUAGUUCAGUGGAAUAAUAUGAUCGGAAUACUGUUGGAUA